UCUUUGUUUUAAACUCGUCUUCUCCCGUCAUCGAUACCCCAGAUUCCUUUCUCAAUCUCUUCACCAAUUUUCUUUUGUAUCUUUCUUUUUCUUCCUCAUAAUCUCUGAAUUCACAACACUAUUGAUCGAGAGAGUUAAAAGUUUGGGAAACAGAAAGAGGAGUGAAGAAGAUAUGGCAGGCAUUGUUAUACCAGGUUCUUGUUCUUCAAGCUUGCUGUUUAGAAACAAAGAAGCAGGAGGCAAUGGAGCUUCUCUUGCCCAGCACAAUGGGCUUAGAGCUGUGGAGAGCAUGCAGCUGCCUUCGUCUGGGAUGACUAGACUGUCUUGUUCAGCUCCAAAACGAAGAACAAUCAGGGCCAUGGCAUCACCAGCAGUCUCGGUUCCGAAGAGAGAAAAGGAUCCCAAGAAACGAAUAGUUAUAUCAGGGAUGGGUCUGGUUUCGGUUUUUGGCAGUGACAUUGAUCAAUUCUAUAACAAACUUCUUGCUGGUGAGAGUGGUAUCACAGAGAUUGAUAGGUUUGAUGCUACAAGUUAUUCGGUCCGAUUCGCCGGUCAAAUUCGUGAUUUUUCGUCGAAAGGAUACGUUGACGGGAAGAAUGAUCGUCGUCUCGACGAUUGCUGGAGGUAUUGCUUAGUUGCUGGACGAAGGGCACUCGAUGACGCCAACCUUGGUUCUCAAGUCCUUGAAAAAAUGGACAAAACUCGAAUUGGGGUGCUGGUGGGCACGGGGAUGGGAGGGCUCACAGCAUUCAGCAAUGGAGUGGAAGCCCUUAUUCAAAAGGGAUACAAGAAGAUCACUCCAUUUUUCAUCCCUUACUCCAUCACCAACAUGGGAUCAGCACUACUGGCUAUAGACACCGGCUUAAUGGGACCUAAUUAUUCCAUCUCAACUGCUUGUGCAACCGCAAAUUACUGCUUCUACGCAGCCGCAAAUCACAUUCGAAGGGGCGAAGCCGACAUCAUGGUAGCCGGUGGGACCGAGGCCGCUAUCAUGCCGACUGGGAUCGGCGGGUUCAUAGCCUGCAGGGCAUUGUCUCAGAGAAAUGACGAACCCCAUAGAGCAUCCAGGCCCUGGGACAAGGACCGUGAUGGUUUCGUCAUGGGGGAAGGCUGUGGCAUACUUGUCAUGGAGAGCUUGGAACAUGCUAUGAAAAGGGGGGCUAACAUAAUCGCCGAGUACUUAGGCGGCGCCAUCACCUGCGACGCGCAUCAUAUGACCGAUCCCCGUUCCGAUGGGCUCGGAGUUUCGUCCUGCAUAAUCAAGAGUUUAGAAGAUGCCGGAGUUUCCUCCGAAGAGGUGAACUAUGUAAAUGCACAUGCAACAUCAACACUGGCUGGAGAUUUGGCUGAGGUUAAUGCAAUCAAAAAGGUGUUCAAGGACACUUCUGAGAUCAAAAUGAACGGGACAAAGUCGAUGAUCGGGCACGGACUCGGAGCUGCAGGGGGAUUGGAAGCCAUAGCAACAAUAAAAGCAAUAACAACUGGAUGGCUGCAUCCCACCAUUAACCAAGAUAACUUGGAGCCUGAUGUGACAAUCGAUACCGUUCCGAAUGUGAAGAAACAGCACGAAGUUAAUGUCGGAAUCUCUAAUUCAUUUGGCUUUGGUGGACACAACUCGGUUGUCGUUUUUGCUCCUUUCAAACAAUGAAAGAAACUUGCAGGGCCAAAAAAAAAAAAACCAUCAUGGAAAAAGAACGAAGUAAAGAAAGGAAGACAAAGCUUCGUGUUUCCUCAAUUUUGAGAUAUUAUAUCUCUGAUUUCAAUAAUAGAAAAGUAUCACCUGACAA